AACAAAAAAGAAAAUGGAAAAAUAUUUAUUUUUCAAAGUUUGGAAUAAUAAAUAUCUAAGAAAAUAUAUUCAAUUAUAUAUUAUAUUUACAAAGGUUAAUAUUUUAAAUAAAAAUGAAUUAACAUUGUAUAAAAAUAUAUCUUCAAUAAAAUUCAAUGAAAAUUUUAAUAAUGAACUUUUAAAAAAUAAUAUUAUUCCUAAUUAUGUUUUAAAAAUAAAAUUUAAUUCUUCAUUUAAUGAACCUAUUUCAGACGGUGUAAAUUGUAUAAUACCACCAUCUGUAGAAAGAUUAAUAUUUGGUUUUUUUUUUAAUCAACCUAUUUCAGCUGGUGUAAUACCACUAUCCGUAAAAAAACUUAAAUUUGGUAAUAAAUUUAAUCAACCUCUAUCAGCCGGUGUAAUACCACCAUCCGUAGAAACAUUAAUAUUUGGUGAAGAUUUUAAUCAACCUCUAUCAGCCGGUGUAAUACGAUCCUCUCUAAAAACAUUAAUAUUUGGUCAUAAAUUUAAUCAACCUCUAUCAGCCGGUGUAAUACCAUCCUCUGUAGAAACAUUAACAUUUGGUUUUUAUUUUAAUCAACCUAUUUCAGCUGGUGUAAUACCAUCCUCUGUAAAAACAUUAACAUUUGGUAAUAAAUUUAAUCAACCUCUAUCAGCCGGUGUAAUACCACCAUCCGUAGAAACAUUAAUAUUUGGUCAAGAUUUUAAUCAACUUCUUUCAGCUGGUGUAAUACCAUCCUCUGUAAAAAAAAUGAAUUUAAUUUAUCGCAGUUUAAAUAUUGGCAGUAUUCCACCGAAUGUUAAAAAUUUAUUUUUGGAAAGAAAUGGAAAUAUAAUAAAAAAUUAUAAAAAAUUAAAAUUAUCUUCAUCAUUAGAUAUUUUUUAUAAUGAACAAUCAUCAUCAUCAGGAUACUUUGAUAUUUUUUUUAAUCAUAAUCAAAUUUUUUCAGCCGGUGUAAUAACACAACCUUAUGAAGAUAAUUCAAAUGAAACCCUCUCAGCCGGUGUAAUUCCAAGUUCUGUUGAGAUAUUAGAAUUUCAUAAUUAUAACAAACCUUUAUAUAAUAAUGUAUUGCCUGAAUCAUUAAAAAAAAUAGUUUUUGGAUAUAAUUUCAAUCAAAUAUUUUCUAUUGGAUCUUUACCAAAAAAUUUAAAAAAAUUAAUUUUUUCAAAGAAAUUUGGGUCCUCAUUCAAUCAAAAAAUUUUUGAAAAUGUAAUACCACCAUCCGUAGAAGCUUUGAUAUUUGGGGAAUAUUUUAAUCAACCUCUAUCAGCCGGUGUAAUACCAUCCUCUGUAAAAACAUUAAUAUUUGGUUAUUCUUAUAAACAACCUAUUUCAGCCGGUGUAAUACCAUCCUCUGUAGAAACUUUGAUUUUUAACUCUGUAUUUCCUCAAACUAUAUUGCCUAAUGUGUUACCGACUUCAAUAAAAUAUUUAAAACUUGCUGAUAGUGAACAACCCAUUGAAAGUUUAUUACCAAACUCACUAGAAAUAUUAGAAUUUGGCAAAAAUUUUAACCAAAAGUUUUUAGGAGGAUAUUUAUUUCCAAAUUUAAAAACUAUAAUAUUUGGAACAGAGUUUACUCAAGAGAAUUUAGAAUUACCUUAUUCAGUGGAAAAAAUAAUAUUUCAUAAAAAGUUAAAAAUAUUACCUUUCCUUCCAAAAUCUGUAAAAUAUAUAGAAUUUGAAUAUAAAAAAAUACCAAAUUAUAUAAUAGAAAAUGUUUGUUUAAAAAAUAAUAUAUAUCAUAAAUAUUUGAAAAAAUAUUUUAAAAAAUUAUCUCUUAGUGUGUAUUAAAAAAAAAAAAAAAAUAUGUUGCGCUCAUGCAAACGUAAAACAAUAAAUACAAAAGAUAUCACAAACCUUAAAUACAAUAUCAAAAAAUAAAAAUAAAAAAUUAAAAAAAAAUUAAAAAUUAAAAAUUAAAAA